AAGUUAACUUGGUAUAAGAGUAUGAAAAGCCUCUGUUGCUCUAGUUCUGAGGAAAUGCUCUCCUUUUUCCUAAUAAAGCUUUCCACAGAAGACAAACUCUGUACACCAAAAAACAAGAAAUCAGAUAAAAAACUACUUGGUGAAAUGACUUCUUGUCACAUUGCUGAAGAACAUAUACAAAAGGUUGCUAUCUUUGGAGGAACCCAUGGCAAUGAGCUAACCGGAGUAUUUCUGGUUAAGUAUUGGCUAGAGAAUGGCGCUGAGAUUCAGAGAACAGGGCUGGAGGUAAAACCAUUUAUUACUAACCCCAGAGCAGUGAAGAAGUGUACCAGAUAUAUUGACUGUGACCUGAAUCGCAUUUUUGACCUUGAAAAUCUUGGCAAAAAAAUGUCAGAAGAUUUGCCAUAUGAAGUGAGAAGGGCUCAAGAAAUAAAUCAUUUAUUUGGUCCAAAAGAUAGUGAAGAUUCCUAUGACAUUAUUUUUGACCUUCACAACACCACUUCUAACAUGGGGUGCACUCUUAUUCUUGAGGAUUCCAGGAAUAACUUUUUAAUUCAGAUGUUUCAUUAUAUUAAGACUUCUUUGGCUCCACUACCCUGCUAUGUUUAUCUUAUUGAGCAUCCUUCCCUCAAAUAUGCAACCACUCGUUCUAUAGCCAAGUAUCCUGUGGGUAUAGAAGUUGGUCCUCAGCCUCAAGGGGUUCUGAGAGCUGAUAUCUUGGAUCAAAUGAGAAAAAUGAUUAAACAUGCUCUUGAUUUUAUACAUCACUUCAAUGAAGGAAAAGAAUUUCCUCCCUGUGCCAUCGAGGUCUAUAAAAUUAUAGAGAAAGUUGAUUAUCCCAGGGAUGAAAAUGGAGAAAUUGCUGCUAUCAUCCAUCCUAAUCUGCAGGAUCAAGACUGGAAACCACUGCAUCCUGGGGAUCCCGUGUUUUUAACUCUUGAUGGGAAGACGAUCCCCCUGGGCGGAGACUGUACCGUGUACCCCGUGUUUGUGAAUGAGGCCGCGUAUUACGAAAAGAAAGAAGCUUUUGCAAAGACAACUAAACUGACGCUCAAUGCAAAAAGUAUUCGCUGCUCUUCACAUUAGAAAUCACUUGUAGCUCACAUCUUAUACAGUGUCUUACAAAUUCCGCUAGUUUGUAAGCUCCUUAAGAGCAGGGUUGUGCCUUAUUCAACUGCACACAUAGCUCCUAGCGCAGUGCCUUACUCAGCAGGCAUCUAAGCAAAUUUCUUAAAUUAAUUAAUAUAUCUUAAAGAUAUCAUAUUUUAUGUAGGUAGCUUAUUCAAAGAAGUGUUUGCUAUUUCUGUAUAGUUUAUUAUACAUUAUACUUGGGUAGCUCAACAUUCUUAAUAAACAGCCUUUGUAUUCAGAAUAUAAAAUUGAAAUAGAUAUAUCUAAAGUUA